UUCAUAGGGCAUAGGCUUACCGUUUGAGUUCUCUUGUCAUCAUGGGGAAGAAGGAUAAGGCGAAAAAAGUCCAAGGGCGGGGCUGUUGGCAGAAGAAAGAUCGGAAGCACAGAGGUGGAGUCGACGGGAUGCUGAGGACAGCCGGCCGGGCAGUUGGAGCUGCCAUCGGCGGCGCUCAGAAGCCAUUUGUGGGCGGCGUGCUCACGGUUAAGAGGCACGCCAAGAGCCUCCUCUCCCUUUCUUCUUCAUCUUCUUCCAUGCUCAUCCUGCCUGUCCAUGCCAAUGCUUCAGCAUCGUCGAACACAGGGUGGUGCCCGUCUGCCCAUUUCCUCUCUGAUGCUGAGGACUGGGAAUCAGUUGGAUUCGAAGAGGUCGAUUGUGGAUUUCAAAACGGUGCUUCCUCAAAGUAUCUGGAGUUCGGGCCAGUGCCUUCCAUAGACGAAGCAGAGCAAGCCGUAGCGUCCCUUCAACAUGUUGUCUUGCCUGUUGUGCGUCUAGAAAACUCGGAUGCUGGAUUUCAUUCUCGAUGGGGAAAUCAAGAAUCUGUCUAUGAUCAGGGAGUCUAUCCAGCCGCCUCCCCAAGCAGUUCUUUUUCCUCUGAGACAGAGUUGGAUUGGAUUGAACCUUCUUUGCAUAUCCAGAAUCCCCGAAUUCUGCAAGCUGAUGGAUGUAAGAGAGUUCUUGAUGCAUUUCGUUUGCUGCAUACAGAUCCUUCUGUUCAGAAAAUGGUUGUUUCUUUAGCUUCCGACAAGGCAGUUUGGGAUGCCGUUAUGAAAAAUGAGGCGGUACGGGAGUUCCAAGAUUCAUUUUACGCAGAUGGAAAUCAACUUCCAGAUAACCACAGCUCAGACAAGGAUCCAACCAUCAAAAUUCUGAGGUGGAUUUUGGAGAAGGCAAAGGAAAGGGUCAUGAAGUUUAUUGACAGAAUUGCUGAUCUCUUGGCUGAUAUUUUCCAACCAUUAGAGAAGGGGAAGAAGGAAGAUGCCUUUGAAGAGGCGGUGAGAUCCUCAUUCAUGCUUUCAGUAAUUGUCCUUCUUAUUGUAAUUGUUUCACGUAGUCACCGUUCAAGUUGCUUGUUCAAUGGCUGCCAACAACCAUGAAAUGGCCAAAAGUGAACAAUGUAAUUUCUGAUUCUAAAGAAAGAUUUAUAUGUACAUAA